CAGACAGCGAAUGAUUUCUAGCCGGGAGCCAGUCGACCUGUUUUUUUAAGACGGCAUACAAUUUACGUCACGCGCAGAUACCUGUGCAGAUAAAGACACGCCUCUUUCCCCAAGGACAAUAGAAACUUGCUGAACUGGUUUCCAUGUUGGCGGAUGAAUUCCGUCAGUGCAGGUCGGAGGUGAAAGUUCACGACCCGACCGCCAUUUUGUGAAUCGAGGAAAGAGAAAAAAUCACCGAAGAUGUCCCGCGGAACUAGCGCCGGGUUUGACCGUCAUAUCACGAUAUUUUCGCCGGAAGGGCGAUUGUACCAAGUCGAAUACGCCUUCAAAGCAGUAAACCAGGGAGGACUGACUUCUGUUGCUGUCAGAGGAAAAGACUGUGCCGUUGUCGUCACCCAGAAAAAAGUCCCCGACAAGCUGCUGGAUGCAGAGACAGUGACUCACAUCUUCCCCAUCACCGACUACAUCGGCUGUGUCAUGACCGGCAUGAUAGCUGACAGCCGGUCGCAGGUGCAGCGGGCCCGGUACGAAGCCGCCAACUGGAAGUACAAGUACGGGUACGAGAUCCCGGUGGACAUGCUCUGCAAGCGGAUAGCCGACAUCUCACAGGUCUACACCCAGAACGCCGAGAUGAGACCACUGGGGUGCUGUAUGAUCCUGAUAGGUUACGAUGAUGAGCACGGUCCCCAGGUGUACAAGACGGACCCGGCUGGUUACUACUGUGGCUACAAGGCCACCAGCGUCGGAGUCAAGCAGACGGAGGCUAACUCCUUCCUGGAGAAGAAAAUCAAGAAGAAGGUGGACUUCACGUACAACGAGGCAGUCGAGACUGCCAUCACCUGUCUGUCCACCAUCCUGUCUGCUGACUUCAAACCCACAGAGAUCGAAGUGGCAGUGGUCGACGAAGGCAACCGCAAGUUCAGAGUGCUGACAGAAGCAGAAAUUGACCAACAGUUGGUGAGCAUUGCUGAGAGGGACUGAUGCUACAGGAUUUUGUACCAGUGAUCUAGAAGAAACAUACAUGUUCUAGUAGUUCAACUACAUAUAUAUACUCCAUGUAGGACGUUCUGAAGCAGGAAACUGUACACAACUUUUGUGCUUAAGUCCGGGGAUCUUUGUAAGACUUGUGAACAAAAUUUAUUGUACAAUAGAUUGACACUGGUAGUGUUGGUGUCUUCUUUUUCCUGCUAUGUCCACACCCUGGUUUCAGAUGUUACAGUAAGGCCAUGUUGAUUUGAAUAUGUGGAUGACAUCCACACGAGCAUGAAUUUUCAUCCGUUCCCAAAAAAGUCUUCUGGAGUUCCAAGAGGAUGUCAUCCAUAUAAUCAAAUCAACAUGGCCUAAAGGUAUUACUACAUGUAUGCCAGUCUGCUCUCUCAUUAUUAUAGAUAUUAUCUUCUCUGUUUCACACAUAUGUAUUAUUAAAACAUUCUCCACACCACCAUACAUAUGGACUGAGAAGUUAAGAAUGAUGCUCCUGAAACUUCAUCUUUAAUAACAGUAACUGUUGAUACCUUGUGGUUCGAUUCACUUGUAUGUAGACAAGCUAUGUUAGAUGCCAAUAAACAAACAUCUGGCACAGGCA